UUCCUUCGAGUCGUUGAGCAAUUUUGUCAGAUCUUGGGUUUAAAACCUUUUUGUGGCACAUCAAGAACUUUCGCCGAAGACAAGCUGCUGAUAACGUUUUCCUGGUUUUUGACAAAGGAAAUCCGGUUUGCUUUCGGGAUUGAGUGACGCUGCAAAUUUGUUGAUCUGCUCAAGUGUGUUAACUACAGAAAGCUUAAUCAUGGUCAGGAUUCACGUUGUAAUACUUUUCUGCUUCAUUGGGGGUGCAUGUGCGAGAUCAGCUUUGUAUGCAGACGAAGAUUACAAAACCUGCAAAAGGACCUGGAAAAAGGUUGGAUGUUAUAGAGAUCUGGUGGAUGGUAAAAGGGCCCUCCCGAAUCAAAUGGUCAACAUUCGUGAUAAAAAGAGCAAGGUCUUUAUCCCACCCAAGUUAGAUUGGAACAAGUAUCCGGAGUCGUUACACAAUCUUGCUUGCCUGUGCGCUGAAAAAGCGCGCGAAAAUGGCUACGAUGCGUUUGCUCUUCAAUUUUACGGCGAGUGUUGGAGUGGAGACAAUGCCAAAAAUCGUUAUGCGAUGUUUGAUGCAGCCAAAGAUGAUAAAUGCAUUAUGAGUGAUUUCGGAGCCUGCGAUAUCAACUCUGAGGAAGAGUGUGUUGGGAAACAGAAAACAAAUUACGUCUACGUUCUGGAGGAAGAACCAAACGCACCCACUGAUGGACAAUGGAGUGAUUGGGGAGACUGGACUCAGUGUGACAAGACUUGUGGAACUGGUAAACAGGUUAGGGAGCGGACUUGCACCAAUCCGCCACCAGAAAAUGGUGGCAAAGACUGCGAAGGGUCAGCGGAGGAUGUACAAGAUUGCAAGCUGGCUGAAUGUCCAAUUGAUGGAGGCUACACACCUUGGGAACCUGACACAGAAUGCACCAAGACAUGUGGAGGUGGCACGCAGAAACUGGUGCGAACCUGUACCAAUCCUCCACCUCAACAUGGAGGAAAAGACUGCGUCGGGCCGAACGAAAAAAUUGAGCCAUGCAACGAGUUUCCAUGUCCCAUCCCAUGUACUCGCACUCUAGAUCUCGCAGUGAUCCUGGACGCAACUAAAAGCGUGGGAAAGAUAGAGUUUGAGAAAUCCAAGGAUUUCGCACUGGCACUUGUGAAUUGCAUGAACAUCUCUCCCGGUGGAACGCAUCUUGGACUUAUGGUGUACAACAUCAACGCCACGAUCCUAAUAAAGUUUAACGAGGAGGACAAGCAGGAACCUGUGAUCGUUAAAAGUAUUUUAGACCAAACGAACAAGCUCGAAGCAAGAACCUUCACCGAUAGAGCCCUGAUCAAGGCCAACGAUGAGCUCUUUACCAGUGAGGGUGGAGAUCGACCUCAAGCACCGGAUGUGCUUGUUUUGGUAACAGAUGGACGCACCAAUACGGACAGUGUACCAUACGAUGUCGUACUGGCACCACUCAAGGAAAAAGGAGUCAAAAUUAUCGCUGUCGGUGUUGGUGACAAUAUUAAGGUCGAGGAGCUGAAAACGAUCGCUAUGGGCAAAGACGAGAACGUCAUCAAAGUUCACGAUUUUGACAAACUGUUCUACCAACUGCAAGAUAUCGUCGAUUCUUCCUGUCAGUCGAAAUAGGGAUCGUGCAUUAUCCAUACCAACAGUCACCAACUAGCAGCAUCCGUUUUUGCCGAUUAAAAUAGUUUUGUAGACUACAUAUACACGGGGAAAAGGCAAUAAAACGGCAAAAUUAAUGGAA